AAUUUUCCGAGCGCCAGUAUUCGCCCUGGGAGCGCAGCCGGCGCACCCAAGUUCCUUCCGAAGCCGAAUCUGUAAUCUUCCUUCGAUUUCAUUAAAAGUUCAGCGGAGAUGUUGAUGUUCAAAACACCAAGUCUGCUUUCUCCACUCAGAGGCUUGAAUGGCCUACGUCUGUCAUGGCUUUCCUUAAUUACUUGUGGCAUUGUACUGUUGUUGCUUAAUUCAUAUCGGAUCGCAUACGAUGCGAGAGUUGACAGAUCGACCGAAACGGACUGCCCAGAAUUGGAAUCAUCAAAGGAAAAAGAACAAUUACUUCGGCAAAUUGCAAAGGACCUUCACUAUACAAAGCAGUACAUUAGUGGACAGCUGCAACUACUGAAAAUGAACGACACUAAUCACUUGAACACAAUCGUUGAAGAUAUGAAUGACUACUUCAGAGUACUGCGCCAUGACCUGAGUCUCCUGCGGGACGCUGACGAGGCAAGUGAAUGGCGAUGGAAGGAGGCCGAAGAGCUCAGCGAACUGGUCCAGCACCGACUCCGCGUCCUCCAGAACCCUAAGGACUGCAACUCCGCCAGGAAACUUUACUGUGCUUUUACCGGAGGGAAUCGCGGCAUCGGAAGCCAGUUUCACCACCUGACCAUCUGCUUCGUGACGGCCUACGCUACCCAGAGGACCCUUAUUCUGAACACUGAGGGCUGGUCUAAAACUCCAAGGGGUCUCGACACGUUCUUCCUGCCGUUGAGUAAUAACUGCACUAAGGCCGACUUGUCUCAGGUGUCUCCUUGGCCGGGCACCGACGCCCUCCUCGUAGAAAUCCCCAAGAGCGAUUACCUGAACCCCCAGCCACGCUAUCUGCCGAAGUCGAUCCCCAAGGACAUCUCCGAACGCCUCUUCCGCCUGCACGGGGACCCCUUCGCGUGGUGGGUCGGCCAGUUCUUCAAGUAUGCCAUGAGGAUGAAUGCCCAUUUUGAGGAUUACAUUCGGGACCUGGCUCACGAAAUCGGAUAUGAGAGUCCUAUUGUUGGGAUACAGAUCAGACGAACGGACAAGAUGACCAACGGCCUCACCUUCAUCCCCCUCAAGAACUUCAUGGACGCCGUGGCCGAGUUCUACGACGACCUCGAGCUGCGUCAGAAGGUCCGGACUCGGAGGGUCUUCGUGGCGACGGACGAUCCUUUAGUUAUCGAGGAGGCCGAGGAAAAAUAUCCCGAGUACCAGUUCGUGUACAACGAGGCGAGCGUUGUGUCAGCUGACCUGGACAACCGCUACACCGAGGCGAAUCUUCGCUAUUACUUGGCAGACAUUUAUUUUCUCUCGAGAGCGAACUAUCUGGUUUGCACCAUGAGUUCUAACAUGUGUCGGUUCGCCUACGAGGUCAUGCAGACCGUGUACCCCGAUGCCUCCUUGCUGACCAGAGGGUUGGAAUUGCCCUUCCACCUCAUGCAUGGGCAAGCAGGGCACGUGGUCAGGGCACGCUUCCCUCACUUUCCUCGAAGGAGUGAUGAAAUGGACCUACAAGUUGGAGAUAUGGUGUCUAUUAGUUUCAAACACUAUUAUAAAAGACUCCUUGUUGAAAAUGGCUUCUUGUAUGGCACUAAUUUACGCACUUCAAGAAGAGGCUUCUUCCCAGUGUAUAAAACAGUUGACGAUGUGGAUGUGGUGGAAUUCCCUUCCUAUGAAGAGAUCGACAGAAUGUAAUACCGAUUCUGAUGAUACUCUUUCUUAAAUUUGUUCACAAUCUAGGCGUUUAAUGAAGAAAUGGUAUAUUUUUGUUCUAAAUUCAUGAUAUAGGAAAUUAUUGCUGUAUCUAAAACUGGUUAAUAUUAUCAAUUCUUUCUUAAUGUGUCUGUAAAACCAUCCAUGCACGUGUUCUCAUUAAAAAAAUCCUGAUCAUAACUGGACACAUGUCUACCUCCGCUGACGAUUCUCUCUAGUAAGUCUACUAAGAGAGACUCCUUAACAAAAGGAAAAAAGAAAGAAAAGAAAACCAUUAGAAAUGCUGGACCUCUGAUUUUGAUUUCCUAAUAAAGUAAAUAUCAUUUGCGAGACAGAGAACUCUAUUCGAAUCAUAUGCAUGGAGAAAGUUGACUGCACGCCAACUUUCCUGCAUCUAUUAAAUUAUUAUACAUUGAUUACCAUACCCUUACCUUAUGCCCGAAGAAGCCGCGAGAACUAUGGAGAAUGGCUAUUCAUACAGUAGGUAGAGACUAAUUUUGGACGUAAAUGAAUAGGCGAAGUCAGUUCACGUUGGACCAAAGGGUCUUAACUUAGGGUGCGAGUCCUGAGGAAGUAGGCAGUACUCUUUUUUAUAUGUAAUUCUGCGUUUCUCUGUCUGCAAGUGUUGCAUAUACAAAGUAAUUUGUCAAUAAAUCAAAUACAUGCAUCA